AACAAACCACUGCGCACAGACAAAAAAAAAAACAACAACAAAGCAAAUUACAAUACAAAGCAAUUUUCCUAUCCAAACAAAUUAGCAUAACAGCCACACUACUGUAAAUUCUACAAUAACCUCCUCCCUUUGAUCAAAAUUUUGUCCUCACAAGUAACAACCCAAACACACAAAUUCCUUUACAAGAAGAACCCAUUGAAUUCAUCCCUCCAUUUAAUUUCGUUCACAGAACUUUCAGCUAAACAUUAGCUGAAUUCAUCCUCUGUUUUCUCAUAAAAAAAACAGAGUACCAACAGAAGAAAAAACAAACAGGAAUAUAGUUUUUUUUCUCUGUAUAAUUCUUACAACCCCAUCUUUAUCUUCUUCCUAAGGGUUUGCAGAGAUUGAGAGAGGGUGUAGAGUAGGUAGAGAAAGAAGAAAGAAAGGAAAAAACAUGGGUAAUUGUGUUUCCUAGAAAUGUGUGUAAAUUUUUGUUAUGAUUGGGUAUCGCCACCACCUCAUCUUCAGAAAGAAAAAAAAAAACACCCCACUCAUCUUUUUCUUCACAGUCUGAAACCCUUUUGUCUUACACACCCAGUGAGAAAGAAGUAUCCACGUGAAGCAGUGUAUGUUUGUUUUUAGAGUUAAAAAAAUUUACUCUGUUUUUUUUUUCUUUUUCUUUUUGUUGCAUGAAUUAGGAUAGAGGAGGGUUCAGUUUUUUAGCCCCUUGGUUUCAUCGCAAAUUGGUUCCAUAUAUCUGUUUCAUUUUUCAUGAUGAUGAAUGAUGGCCACUUUCUGUGUAAUUCCACCCACCACCUCUACAAUACAGCUGCUGCUAUAACCUCAUCUUGUUCCUUACCACGUGGCCCUGCUUCAGUAACGUCUCUAUAUACCUCCACCACCGCCCCUCUAUAAGUUUACUCCAACCCUAGACCCCCUUCUUCACCAAUUCUUGAUUCUUAAUUUCUUUUUGAUGGCUUCCUUGCUUAGAUUCAGGAAGCUAUGUUAUGUAGAACCUGCAGUUAGUAAAUGUUCUUUUCAAUCUUAUGAUAAGGUUAUUAAGAAACAUGAUAAUCAAUCUUGUAUUCCUCCACCACCACCACCACCACCACCUCUGCGUAAAAUUACUAAUGAUGGUGAUAAGAGGAAGGUUCUAAGGAGGAGAAGAGAUUCAAAAGAAUGGAGAUGUUUAGAUUGGUGUUGUUGGAUGGUUGGUUAUAUAUGUACAACAUGGUGGUUGUUAUUAGUACUGUAUAAUGCAUUGCCCGGAUUUGAAGUGCCGGAGUCGCCGGGGGUUAAACUUAAAAAGGAAGGAUUAACUCCAUUACAUCCAGUUGUGCUGAUACCUGGCAUUGUUACUGGUGGAUUGGAGCUGUGGGAGGGGAAACCUUGUGCAGAUGGUCUAUUUCGGAAACGAUUAUGGGGUGGUAGUUUUACAGAAAUUUUCAAGAGGCCUUUGUGUUGGUUAGAACAUAUGUCUUUAGACAAUGAAACAGGAUUAGACCCACCAGGGAUACGUGUUCGAGCUGUCCCGGGGUUAGUUGCUGCUGAUUAUUUCGCUUCUUGGUACUUUGUUUGGGCUGUUCUUAUUGAGAAUUUGGCUAAAAUUGGAUAUGAAGGGAAGAACAUGCAUAUGGCUGCUUAUGAUUGGAGACUGUCUUUCCAGAAUACUGAGGUCCGGGACCAAGCUCUAAGUAGGCUGAAGAGUAAAAUUGAACUUUUGUAUGUGACUAAUGGAUAUAAGAAGGUUGUAGUUGUACCUCAUUCAAUGGGGGUUCUCUACUUUCUUCAUUUCCUUAAAUGGGUCGAAGCACCUUCUCCAAUGGGAGGUGGUGCAGGGCCAGGAUGGUGUGCUAAGCAUAUCAAAUCAGUGAUGAACAUUGGCCCUGCAUUCCUUGGUGUCCCAAAGGCAGCCAGUGGCUUGUUUUCUGGAGAGGCUAAAGAUGUUGCUUUUGCCAGGGCAAUGGCGCCCGGGGUUUUAGAUUCUGAGCUUCUUGGGCUUCAGACUCUAGAACAUGUAAUGCGGGUAUCUCGUACAUGGGACUCACUCAUGUCCUUAAUCCCAAAAGGAGGUGAGACUAUCUGGGGUAACAUGGAUUGGUCCCCUGAAGAAGAGUAUGAUUGUUAUCCAACAAAGACGAAGUACGUCCAGUCUGCUUUAACCGAAAGUUCGCAGUCAACUAAUGAAACUGAUGGAAAGCUAGGUUUCAAGGUCAAGGAUCCUGUAAGAUAUGGAAGGAUAAUUUCUUUUGGGAAGACAACGUCACAGGUUCAAUCUUCCAAUCUGCCGUCAUUUGAUCCGAAGGAAAUUUCUCGAGGUCGCCAUCAACACAAGUCAAACUCCUCAUGUGGAGAUGUGUGGACGGAAUAUGAUGAAAUGAGCAGGGAAAGUAUUCGAGGUGUUGCUGACAAUAAAGCGUACACGGCAAAAACCUUAAUAGAUUUACUUCACUUCGUAGCUCCAAAAAUGAUGCGGCGAUCUGAUGCUCAUUUCUCGUAUGGAAUAGCAGAUAAUUUAGAUGAUCCUAAAUACUCCCAUUACAAGUACUGGUCCAAUCCACUCGAAACCAAGUUACCUGAUGCUCCAGACAUGGAAAUUUGCUGUCUAUAUGGGACGGGUAUUCCUACAGAAAGAUCAUAUGUGUACAGAACUUCUCCUACAGAUAGGUGCAAAAGCAUUCCCUUCAGGAUAGAUAGCUCUGUAAGUGGGGGUGGUGAUGGUUGCUUAAGAAAUGGUGUAUAUUUCGUAGAUGGAGACGAAAGUGUCCCAGUUCUAAGUGCAGGAUUCAUGUGUGCAAAAGGUUGGCGUGGAAAGAACAGGUUCAACCCAUCAGGUUUGGAAAUAGGUGGUGAUAAGAUUUAUUCCGACAUUCUUAGAAUGUCAGAACGGAUAAAUUUACGAGUAUGAUCUCAUUGUACGAGGCACAAUUUUCUUAGGGGAUGGAUAAACGGCCCUUCUGACAAUGUAUACAGUUUUCUUUGUGGAAAACACAGAAGAAUAAAUGAGAGCAGGAACUGAAAGCAAGGGCAGAAGUGCAGUAAAUGAGUUGAGCUGAAUUGAAAAUUCGGAUUCAGAGAGUGAGAGAAAGAGAGAUGAGGCAAUGAGAAUAUUUGGUCGCAUUUAAAAGAGCAGUUGGUAGUGUAGAUGAGACAUGAUGAGGUGUAAUUUGGUAGGGCAAGAAAGAGGGGUUGCAGGUUGUGUAGUACUGUACAAUCCCUAUAAUAACUUGAGCUUAAAAUGGACAUUAAAAGAUAUAACAUCU